CCUGGCCUCAAGCUAUCCUCCCACCUUGGCCUCCCAAAGCACUGGGAUUACAAAUGUGAGCCACUGUGUCCAACCACAAGAAUUAUUAAAAGGAAUUUUACUUAAGUAUCUACUUCCAGAUCUCUCCAUUUUUUUUUUAACUCUGCUAGUUACAAAAUAAAAGAAUUACCUCAUCAGCCUCUGUAGGGGAAGAUGAAUUGUGUGGAAUGGGUUUGAAAUGAAGGAUAGUUAGAUGUAGAAGGUAAAGCAAAAGGAAUCAGCUUUUUGUGUCUGUGACAGAGGAUCUGAUACUUGAUGGUCUGACCACAAGGUAUCUCUCAGAAAUUGCCAGUCCUUUUCACCCAGUGCACAGCCAGCUGCUUUGAGCAGAGAGAGCCAUGGUUGGAACUCCUGCUUCGUGACUUGGGGGAGGAGGCAGAGCUUGCCGCAGAAUGCAGCCACUGCCCACAACCCCUGCACACUCCUCUUCCCUUGCACUGGCUUCUUGCUGCCAGCAUCUGCAAGCCUUUGCCUGGAGGUGGAGCAAGAGGGUGCUGGGCCCAUUAGACAGGUGGCUAGUGCUGGAAGUUCAUGGUCUUCACCUAGUUUCAGGUAGAGGUUGCAGGAUAUACGGCCCAGCUUCCUGGCCCCAGGUGGAACAACCCUGAGACAUGUUCGCCAUUUCCCACAGGCCUCCCAGUGGGACUGACCCCUAGUUGUCUUCAGUGGCAAUCUGCUCAUUACCACUUCUUGUGUUGAUUUUUUUUUCCCUUCACUUUCUCAUUUUUCCAUUUCCUUGUUGGUCCCAAUUAACUAUUUGCACAUGAAUCUUUGCCUCAGGGUCUGCACCUGGGGGACCCCAAAGACACAGACACUUGAGCUCUUACUCUGCCUUUAUCCUAGACCUAGCAUUGGUCUCCAGAGGUCACUCAUGACUUAAUGGCCCAUCUUAGUGGCCUCUUUCCCCGUGUGUUCCUUGGUUGAUGUGUCUUUCUGUACUAAGUAGAGUUUUUGGGUGGCAAGGAGGCAGUUAGCACAGGGAACUAUGUAGCAAGGGACAUGGAGACUAAAUAGCAGCUGGCCCAUUUCUCUGGCUUCUCAUGGCCAAGCCUGGCACACACAGCUGCCCUCGUGCAGAUCCAGAACUAUGGCUCUUGUUCCCUCAGGACCCAUCCUCAAAGCUAGUGACUUGGUCUUUUCCUAUGACAAAGGAGCUCUCAGAAUGUGGCAGUCCCCCUUCUUAGGGGGAGAAUCUGACUGGGUCAGGGAGGCACCUCCAGUUUGCAGAGCCCCCAUUGGUCAGGUUCAGUGUCCAAAACACCUGAGGGGCAAGUGGCUUCUUGAAGUCCAGCCCAUAUGGCUACUUUUGACUUAGACAUUCAAGGCACAGGAACACAUGACACAGGCACAGGGUGUGACAACUGCAUGCAGAAAGAGCCACUCUCAUUCCUCAGAAGACGCUGUGGAGAUGAGUGGCUGAGCCAUGUGCCCCAAAAUUCAUGUCGAAGUCCUAACCCCCGGUGUCUUAAAAUGUGGCCAUAUUUAGAGGUAGAACCUUUAAAGAGUGAGCUAGGUGAGAGUGAUUCAUAAGGAGAGGCCCUACUUCAGUGUGACUGGCGUCCUUAGGAGAAGAAGAAAUUAGGGCGCAGACACACAGAGGGGACAGCGCGUGAGGACAUGGGGAGGAAAUGCCAGUUGCAAGCCAAGGAGAGAGGCCUCAGAAGAAACCAGCCCUCCCGAUACCUUGAUCCUAGACUUCCAGCCUCCAGAACUGUAAGAAAAUACAUUUCUGUUGUUUAAGCCACCUGGUCUUAGAGUUCUAUCUUGAAUUUCUCUCUGCUUUAGACUUUUCUGUUUUGUUUUUUAGCCUAAGUGUUAUUGAAAAGAGCAGAGAAGAUAGAGUGCAGGCCCCUAGAGACAGGAUGGAACGGAACAUGCAGUGUGAGUCUGCCUCCUGCUCAGCAUACGCUCUUGGUCCCCACUGGUCCAUCUCACUGCUGACUGGCAUCCUGCAGAACAGACAGAUUGCACAGGGGCAGCUCUUUCCUCCAAAGCUGCAAUGUGGUUCAUUAAGUCCUCAGAUUUGGGAACUCAUCCAGGCACUUGAGUUCAAACAUACAGUUCUGAUCUAAGACUUCACAGGUAAGAAUAUCCAAAAAGGUGAGCUUUCUCCCUGGAAACCAUGAUUUCCUCAGAAACAAGGAGAAAUGUUUCAGGUGCCCAGGUUGCAGUUCCAAGUAUGGAGGCUUCCAUGUUUCAUGGUCAGGGUCAUGGUGGAGCUGUUUCCGCUGCAGGUGGGAUGCCACCAUUUGCUCCUCCCUGAUGUCUCCUGGCACCUUUCAUUCUUCAGUCUCACCACUCUGAAGAAGCGUGCUUGCGAGCGCCGCGGGACGAUCCAGGACGUUCUAAGAUUGUGGACGAUCCUGUUCUUCCCAUCUGUGAGGGCCUGGAUCACAGUUCCUCAAGCUUUGCGAUACAAACGAAUCACCUGGGAUUUGGAUAAAAUGCAGAUUCACGUUCAGCAGCCCUGGCGUUCUGCAUUUCUCAUGAGCUCCAGGAAGACACUGGCGCUGCUGGGUGGUGAGGGAUUGGCAGGCAAUUCCAGGUGUUGCCUUAGAGAUGGCCUGCUAUUGCACUGCCAGUAGGUAGCUGCCACAGUGAUGGCCGCUCCAGAGCAAGGGGAGAACCUUUUGAAAAGGAUUCUUGAAUCAUCUGGGAAAUAAAUCAAGCCAUAUGAGUAAAAAGUAAUCAAAAAAUACAUUGAAUAUUGGAACCAGAGGAAAUCUUAGCAUCAUUUUGUAAUGACUCCCUGCACAAAUUUUCCAGAUGAGGAAACUGACAAAGCCAGGUGGCCUGUGGCUGAGGAGCAAGAUCUCCCUGCUGCACUCCCGUGCACUUCCACAGUGAUACCCUGCUGACAGACACAGGAAAUGUUGAACAUAGCUAUCUUUGAAAUUAAGACCCUGACUGCCCUAAACAUUUACAAAGUUCCAACCAUGAGAAAAAAGCCUGUACCAGAAAUCAGAAGAUGGCUUUUGUCCAUGUACAACCUUGGACGAGUUAAUUACUUAUCACUGCUCUCUGAGCCUUUUUCCCCACUGGUUACAAAAAAAAGAAAAGAAAAGAAAAGAAAAGGAUAUGCCUGCCCUUCCUAAUUCACAGGGCAUUGCAGGGAGGUAAGGUCGUUAAUAUGCUGAAUCACUUCAAAAGGGUGGAGCUGAACUCACAGUGGGAACCCUGUCACACACACAUUUCCAUGACAAGGAUAUUGGUGAGGUGAGGGAGGUGGGGAGAGGCAUGAGGAUGGGAGACAAAGGGGUGGGAUAGGGAAUGGGGGAAGGAGGAAGCCAGAGGGACAGGCCCAGGCUAGGCUCUGCAGUCAGAAGGUCAGCGAGGUAGAGAAUUAGCAGCACACUGUCCAUGGAUAUUUGUGGUGAUGGAAAUGUACUGUAUCCAUGCUCUCCAACAUGGCAGCCACUAGCCACAUGUGGCUAUCAAGCACUGGAAAUGUAGCUAGUGUGAUUGAGGAACUGAUCUUUAAUUUUUCUUUGUUAUUAAUUUCAGUUUAAAUAGCCACAUGUGGCCAGUGGCUUCUGUAGCAAAGAUCUAGAUCAUUUGUUUGAAGCAGUAAAAAGAGAAAUGUGAAUCCCCUCUUCUUACCUCCUAUAACAUGCUAAUUAACAUCACUGCAAUUAACCACCAUUCACAGCUCUUCAGCUGCUCUGUGGAACCUCAGUCCACUCUGAAAUGAACAGCCACAGUGGCAGGGGUUACAGAAUGGGCUGGGAGUGGCAAUGCAGAUUCAUCUCUUCACACACUCUUUAUGCCCUCAAUCAAAAAUGCCUCAGGCUGUGUAAAAUUCCAUAAAUAAUAAAGAGAUUUAAAAAAUA